GAACAGUGCUGCUGGACCGUUGGGCUGCAGCGCCGUGGGUUGAGGGCGGCGCUGUGACUCCCGCUGUGGCCCUGGCGCGGUGGGCGCUGCCCGAAGCCCGCUCCGCGCCCCGCAAAGCGAGGGGGGGAAGCGGCGGCCGCGGCUCCAGCACCACAUGGCGGCGGCAUUAGCAACACAAACGCCGCCUCCGGCUCCGGCCCCGCCCCCCGGGCGCUCACGGCCGCUCUAGGCCGCGGGGAACAGCGACUCCCGGCCCGGAGACUCCUCCUCCUCCCGCGGCGCCUUCGGAGUCCCCGAACGGGCGCUGCGCUCCCCGCCAUGCCGCGCCCGGGCCGCUGCCCCUCGUCCCGGCUGCUGCCCGCGCUGCUCUUCCUCGCCUUGCUCGGCAGCGGCGGUGCCUCGCUGCCGCCGGGAUGCAAACAAGACGGCCGCCCCAGGAGCCCCGGCAGGUCCCCGGCCGAGGGGAAGAUGGUCUGCAGCAGCCUGGAGCUCGUUCGAGUCCUGCCGCCCGACGCGCUGCCCAACAGGACGGUCACCCUGAUUCUGAGCAACAAUAAAAUAUCGGAGUUGAAGAAUGGUUCCUUUUCUGGAUUAAGUCUUCUUGAAAGAUUGGACCUAAAGAACAAUCUUAUUAGUAUUAUAGAUCCAGGUGCUUUUAUGGGGCUUCCAUCUCUAAAAAGACUAGACUUAAGUAACAACAAAAUAGGCUGCCUGAAUGCAGAUAUAUUUAGAGGACUCAUAAAUCUUGUUAGAUUAAAUCUUUCAGGGAAUUUGUUUUCUGCACUAACGCAAGGAACCCUUGAUCAUCUUAACUCACUAAAGUCUUUAGAAUUUCAAACUGAUUAUCUUCUAUGUGACUGUAACAUUUUGUGGCUGCAUCAGUGGUUAAAGGAAAGAAAUAUAACAGUGCGUGAAACUAAAUGUGCUUACCCCAAGUCAUUGCAAGCACAACUAGUAACAUCAGUUAAGCAGGAGCUUCUAACAUGUGAACCUCCUCUUGAAUUACCAUCUUUCUACAUGACUCCAUCUCAUCGUCAGGUUGUCUUUGAAGGAGACAGUCUGCCCUUCCAAUGCAUGGCUUCAUAUAUUGAUCAAGACAUGCAAGUACUGUGGUACCAGGAUGGGAAGAUUGUUGAAACUGAUGAAUCUCAGGGUAUUUUUGUUGAAAAGAACAUAAUUCAUAAUUGCUCACUGAUUGCAAGUGCCUUGACUAUCUCAAAUAUUCAAGCUGGAUCCACUGGCAACUGGGGUUGUCAUGUGCAAACCAGACGUGGGAAUAAUACAAGAACUGUAGACAUUGUGGUGUUAGAGAGCUCUGCACAGUAUUGCCUUCCAGAGCGGGUUGUCAACAAUAAAGGAGAUUUCAGGUGGCCUAGAACAUUGGCAGGCAUUACUGCAUACCUACUGUGUACUCGUUACUCUGCUGGCAGUGGGAUAUAUCCUGGCAACUCUCAGGAUGAGAGAAGAGCUUGGCGCAGAUGCGACAGAGGAGGAUUCUGGGCAGAAGAGGACUAUUCUCGGUGCCAAUAUGCAAAUGAUGUUACUCGAGUCCUGUAUAUGUUUAAUCAGCUUGGUGAUGUGAUGGUGGACAUUGCAAGUAACAUUAUGCUAGCUGAUGAACGUGUUUUGUGGAUGUCACAGAGAGAGGCCAAAGCUUGCACUAGAAUUGUACAAUGUUUACAGAGAAUUGCUAUGUAUCGACUAGCAAAUGGGGCUCAAGUUUACUCAACAUACUCUCCAAAUAUUGCUCUGGAGGCUUAUGUAAUAAAGGCAACUGGCUUCACUGGGAUGACAUGCACUGUAUUUCAGAAAGUGGCUGCAUCAGACCGUACAGGACUUUCUGACUAUGGGAGAAGAGAUCCAGAUGGAAACCUAGAUAAGCAAUUAAGCUUUAAGUGCAAUGUUUCAAAUACACUGUCAAGUUUGGCAUUAAAGAACACUAUUGUAGAGGCUUCUAUUCAACUGCCACCCUCCCUUUUUACACAAAAGCAGAAAAGAGAAAUUAGGCCAGCAAAUGAGUCCAUCUACAAGCUUCAACUUAUUGCAUUUCGCAAUGGAAAACUUUUCCCAGCAACAGGAAAUUCAACAAAUCUGGCAGAUGAUGGGAAACGACGUACCGUAGUAACACCAGUUAUUCUCACCAAGAUAGAUGGUUUAAGCCUCGCCAGUCAUCACAUUGCUAUUAACGUGACACUGCGACGUAUUGCUCAUGGAGCAGAUGCUGUUGCGGCACAAUGGGACUUUGAUUUGCUCAAUGGUCAGGGAGGAUGGAAGUCUGAUGGAUGUCACAUUAUCUCUUCAGAUGAAAACAUUACCACCAUUCAGUGCUACUCCCUCAGUAACUAUGCAGUCUUGAUGGAUUUGGCAGGAGGUGAAUUGUAUACCCAACCAGCUGCUCUCUUGCAUCCAGUUAUUUAUGCUACUUCUAUAGUUCUGCUAAUGUGCCUCUUGAUGAUCAUAGUCAGCUAUAUAUACCACCAUGGUGUGAUCAGGAUCAGCGUUAAAAGCUGGCAUAUGUUAGUUAACCUGAGCUUCCAUAUUUUCCUGACAUGUGUGAUGUUUAUUGGAGGUAUAACUCAGACCAAAAGCACCAGCGUCUGCCAAGCAGUUGGGAUAAUUCUGCAUUAUUCUACUCUUGCCACAGUACUGUGGCUGGGAGUGACAUCUCGUAACAUCUACAAACAAGUUACUAAAAAAGCGAAGAGGUGUCAAGAUCCUGAUGAGCCGCCUCCUCCACCUAGACCAAUGCUCAGAUUCUACCUUAUUGGCGGAGGAAUCCCUAUCAUAGUUUGUGGGAUAACAGCAGCAGCUAACAUCAGGAACUACGGCAGCAGGCCUAAUGCCCCAUAUUGCUGGAUGACGUGGGAACCGAGCCUAGGAGCCUUUUAUGGACCAGCUAGCUUCAUAAUUUUCAUAAACUGCAUGUAUUUUCUCAGCAUCUUUAUACAAUUGAAACGACACCCUGAACGCAAAUUUGAACUUAAAGAGCCAGCUGAAGAACAGCAGCGUUUAGCUACCAGUGAACAUGGGGACCUGAAUCAUCAGGAUUCAGUGUCAGUCUCACUGGUUUCCACAUCAGCUUUGGAGAAUGAGCACAGUUUUCAAGCUCAGCUUCUGGGAGCAAGCCUCACUUUGUUUUUGUACGUUGCUUUGUGGAUUUUCGGGGCCUUGGCAGUUUCUCUGUAUUAUCCCAUGGACUUGAUUCUUAGUUGCUUUUUUGGGGUCACGUGUUUAAGCCUUAGUGCCUUUCUUAUGACGCAUCAUUGUGUUAAUAGGGAAGAUGUCAGGCAUGCUUGGAUAACAGCCUGCUGUCCUGGAAGGAGCACAUACUCAGUGCAAGUUAAUGUUCAGCCCUCUAAUUCUAGUGGGACUAAUGGAGAGACUCCUAAGUGUACCAACAGCAGUGCGGAAUCUUCGUGCACUAAUAAAAGUGCAUCAAGCCUAAAAAAUUCUUCUCAAGGUUGUAAACUAACCAACAUACAGGCUGCAGCAGCUCAAUGCCAUCCUAAUUCUUUACCACUGAACACAGGUCCUCAGCUUGAUAACAGUCUGACUGAGCAUUCAGUAGACAAUGACAUCAAAAUGCACGUGGCUCCAUUAGAGAUACAGUUUCGGACAAAUGGACAUCAAAGCCGGCACCAUAAAAACAGAAGUAAGGGACAUCGCGCAAGCAGGCUUACAGUGUUGAGGGAGUAUGCAUACGAUGUCCCCACCAGCGUGGAAGGAAGUGUUCAAAAUGGCUUAUCUAAAAAUCGACAAAGCAACAGUGAAGGACAUUCAAGGAGUCGAAGAGCCUAUUUAGCAUACAGAGAACGCCAGUAUAACCAGUCCCAACAAGAUAGCAGCGAUGCUUGCAGUACACUUCCAAAAAGCAAUAAAAAUAGUGAAAAACCCAUUGCUACAAACAACAAAAAAGAUGUUCUGAAGAAACCAAUAGUAGUUGAACUUGAAAGCCAGCAAAAAUCAUAUGGCUUAAAUUUAGCCAUUCAGAAUGGACAACUUAAAGGCAGUGGACAGGAUGGACCCUUGCUCACUGCAGACAGCACUGGCAAUAUUAGGACUGGGUUAUGGAAACAUGAAACUACUGUGUAGCAAUAUUGUACUUCAUCAUGGGAGAAACUCAUGUGAACUGUGAUUCACACAUUCCCUUAAGCUAUUAAUGCUUUUAAAAACUGUUUACAAACAAUUGGUACUUCAUUAGAUAGGAGAAGAAGAGAAUCUGCCAUACAAAAUAUUUUAUACAUUUUGGGAGUAUCUUGGGUGUUUUUUACAAAGAAACUUCUUCUCUUCUGUGAAUUUUUUUUUUUUUUUUUUUUUUUUAAGCAUCAGGUCCGGUUUGGAGAUGCAGACCAGAACUUUUUUAAAAAAUUCUUACAGAUCGCCCCCCACGUGUCCACAACACAUUUCAAGUUUGUAUUCAAAUGUGUAUUAAAGAGUAUUUUCCCAGCAAGCAUUAUGUAAUGUGCAAGUUUGUCAAGAUUAUUAGCUGUAGUAUGUCUUUUUGGAUUUACUACUUAAUUUCAAUGUCUGGGAAUUUUACCACAGCUUUUAGUUGCUUUAAAAAAAA